AUGAAAUCGGGCAAUUCCGCCUUGACAUCACUGGCAUCGAACAUUCGAUCGGUUCGGUAUGCCAAUCGAAUUUGAGCAUCGUACACGGGGGAGAAGGGAAACAAGAUGAUGUCAUCGAUGCAGAGGGUCUUGAGAUCGAC